CGUCGCCAUGGGAACAGCCGCGGCGGCCGGGCUGGCGCGCGGCUCUCCUUCCUCCCUCGGUCUCCACCGCUCCAGGGGCGGGUGGGGUGGGCUGAGCCGGGGCUGCCACAGCCUCCGCCGCUACUGCUGCCACCCAGGAAGACCAGAGCAAAGCAGCGCACGAGUUCCGAGAAAGAGAGAGAGAGAGGGGCUGCAGGGCGGCCGGUCCCCGUCUAGGACCAAGGAGCGCGGCGAUGUGAGCUAUGAGUUCGGCGUGGACACUAUCACCGGAGCCGCUGCCGCCGUCGACGGGGCCCCCGGUGGGCGCGGGCCUGGACAUCGAGCAACGCACGGUGUUCGCCUUCGUGCUCUGCCUGCUCGUGGUGUUGGUUCUGUUGAUGGUGCGCUGUGUGCGCAUACUGCUAGACCCCUACAGCCGCAUGCCCGCCUCGUCCUGGACCGACCACAAGGAGGCGCUCGAACGUGGACAAUUCGACUAUGCGUUGGUGUGAUGGGGAACCAGUCCGGGGCAGGUCCUUAGAUCCCUCAAGGGUCAGCCCCGUGGAGGGAUGCCACCAUCCUGGACUGCGCACAGGGUUAUGCCUAGAUGCCCUAGCUCGGAGUUGAGGGCGUUCGGAGAAGUCCAGUCCUUACCCACCUUAGCCACCCAUCUUCCUUCCUGGCCAGGCCAGAACCCCACCUGGUGCCUUUAUCUACCCUGUACCCUUCUCUCUACAUACUUAUCCUCACUGCUGAUCCCUCAACACUGAGUCCCUGGUGAGUGAAGCACCCCGCACCAACCUCAGCCUUCCCCAGCUACCAGGCAUGCUACAUCCUUUCCUGGGAAUGCGGACACCUCUUAUCUCUUAUUUCUUUGUUAUGGUCAUCCUCAAUUUCAGUGCACUCCUUGAGUCCUGGCCCUGGCAGGCAGGCUUUCUUCGACUCACAUUGGACGCUGCCUACCUAUAAUGCACGGUACAGUUUGCCUCAGAGACAGACCAGAAACCCGACCAUGGCUGCUAAUUGUGUUGAUAAUAUCUGGCACUUUAUGUGCAGGAGUACAAGCAGGCUCAUCCCCUUCCCAGACUCGGCCCCAGCACAGGUUAGAGUGCCUUUCCUUUGUCCCACCUCUCCCAUCUCCCCCUUGUCCCCAUGCCCUUCCCUUGCCUUUCACACCUCCCCGCCUCUGAACCAUGGCAAUUAUAAUAAAAGCUAUUAUUGAGUGCUUUACUGCAUGUGAAGCAGAUUGCUGAGUUAA